AUGAAGUGCAUCGCAGCUGUAGUCAUGGUCGCCCUGGCCGCCGUCGCCGAGUGUGCCGUUGUGCCGGUGGUUUACUCCGCUCCCGUCGAGAAGACCGUCGUCCAGCAGAACGUGGCCCCGAAGUACGUCUACACGGCCCCGACCGUCACCGCCUACGCCGUGCCUGAGACGACCUACGUGCAGCAGAAGUACGUUUCGGCCCCGGCCGCCGUCACAUACGCCGCUCAGGCCACCGUUCCCGUCUACUCGGUGCCGGAAACGACCGUCGUGCAGCAGAACGUCGCCCCCAAAUAUGUCGCCGCCCCGGCCGCUGUCACCUACACGGCUCCCGUCGUGACGGCCUACUCCGUCCCGCAGAAGACGGUCGUCCAGCAGAACGUUGCCCCGACGAAGUACGUUGCCCAGGCCGUCAGCUACUCUGCCCCAUCGGCUACAGUGACCACCUAUGCCGCACCGGCCGUCUCCUAUGCUGCCCCGGCCGUUUCCUAUUCCGCUCCGGCUGUUUCCUACUCCGCCCCGGCCGUCUCUUACUCCGCUCCGGUGACCCGGUACGCCUCGGUUGCCCCCGUUGCCUACGCCGCCCCGACGGUGUACGCUUCCGACUCGGAAGUUGUUGAGACCGCCGCGUUCGCUGAGGACACCGUUGUUGCGGAACCAGUCGCCACGGCCGUCGUGGCCCAGAAGGAAGCUCGCUACGUGGCGGCCACCCCGGGUGCCGUCCAUGAGGCCCCGCUGGCGGGACACAGCGUCAACCAGCAGUCGUUCAACGUUGAACCGGCGCCGGGAACUCAGUAA